UUCUGGACAGAUAGCUGCAGGGACUCACCACGGUGCAGGAGAUGCUGGACCAGCUGAACAAAGACGGGCUCCUUUCAUCAGUGAAACAGAACAGACCUGCUGGGUCAUGGGGGGUGAAGUUCAAGAAGAAGAUGAAGAUAGUGCCUCCCCGCCUGGGCCUGUUCAGACCCGUGGUCGGCCAGUGUUGUAAUCAGUGCACCCCAGACAGUCUGCGCAAGAACACUGAAAAUAAAAGUUCUUCCUUUGGUUUCCACAACAUCCUGAGCAUCAACGAGAAGCACACCAGGUAUCGAGGCUGGCUGGUUCGGAGGGUGUGCUGCGCGCUGUUUGUGAGUGGACGUAAGGUUUACCCAAGUCCUGUUGGCAGCAGGAUGCAGAGAGUGUGUCAGAGCAACAGGGUGAAGGAGGCUCUGGCAGCUCGACAGAAACAGCCGGAGGGGGGAGACGGCCCAGGGCGGCAGCCUCUCCUCACACCGUUCCUCCCCCUCAUUAACACCUGCAUCUCCCCAGGCUUUACACGAUUUGUGGGCUGGUUGAUGCUGAAGAUGUUUGCCUCCGUAUUUGGGAGCAUUUACGUCAACCUCAACCAUCUGCCAGCUUUGCACAGAGCCUCACAAAAGGGAUCUGUGCUGGUCUAUGUGUAUGUGCGUCAGAGUGUGGUGGACUGCGCACUCAUCCCGUUAGUCCUCUUCUGUCACAACCUGAGAGUCCCAUACACAGCGUGUCCUCUAAAGGUCACCAGCUCUGUCCUAAGAUCAGUCCUGCAGAAAGUAGGUGUGAUGCUGCUUCCGCAUGCACAAACGGAGCAGGAUGCUGAGACGGAUGGCCUCUACUCUGCUGUCACCUCCUCUCUGGUACGUGAGCUGCUCCAUGAGGGCCAGGCCCUGAGUGUUGGUGUGUCAGCGGAGUCUGGCCGUGGCGGUCUGUGGCUGGAUCACAUCACACAGCUCAUCAAAGAGCGAUCUGUCCCUGAUGUCUGCCUGGUCCCUGUGGGCAUCUCCUACUGCUGUGUGCCCAAGGCCAACGCACAGGUUGGCCUGUGCUCGCUUGUGCAGUGGAUGUGGUCGGCCCUGUGGAAACCAGGAGGAAGUGUGAAGAUGGACCUGGGCCAGCCCUUUUCUCUCAAGGAGAUGUGUGACUCAGGCAGGUGCAGUAUAGAUGACUGGCUCCCUCUUCAGGACCUGUUGCUUCCUGUAAUCCUCAGCAACAGGAGUGACAGUGUUCGUGGGCGGAGGAGCGUGUCAUGGCUCCUGCCUUCUCCUGCAUGUGAACCCACAGAGCCAGCUCAUCCCCAGGCAGACCUGAGCAUCGCCCUCAUCCUCCACCUCCUCUACUCUGCAACCUCCUUUAUGUCAGUGAUGUCCACCAGUCUGAUGGCAACUCUGCUGCUGCACCGGCACAGAAAGGGUGUCAGUCUCUCCGUCUUGUGUCGUGAUGUGGCCUGGCUCACAGAGGAACUGCUGCUCAGGAAGAAGGAUGUGGGCUUUGGGGGCACUUUAGCCCAGGUCGUCCACUACUCCCUCACUCUGCUCACGCCUCACCUCAUCAUCGCUGCGUCGCCGUCCAGGAAAGACAUUUUCAUCGUUCCUCGGCCUCGCCUCACCGCCAUGUUUCACCUCAGUCUCCAGGCCCAAAUUGUCACCCGUGCCUUCAUACUGGAAUCUGUCGGUGCGUGUGCGGUGUCAGCCAUGUUGAGCCAGAUCGCCAACAGCGGUGUCAGCGGCAGGGUGAGGAGUGACGGCGUGGAAGGAGACGGGGUCAAAGGUGACCUGGAGUUUGAUGUGGCGCUGUGCCGGUCGGAGCUGACGGAGCACGCUCUGCGGCUGCUCCACCUCCUGCCUCCAGGCUUCACUCCGCCCUGUCAGUCAUCCUACAGUUUAGCUCUAGAUGCUGUCGACAGUCUGGUGUGCUGUGGCAUCCUGAUCAUGGAAGAAAUCCCCAGGGCUGUUCCUGUCUGUGAUUUCUGGAAGAGUGAGGGGGCUUUGACCUGGACCGCCAGCGAUGACCCUUAUCACAGCGACUCCGACUGUGAAGAAGAAGACUCACGCUCCUACAAGAUAACCCAACCGAGUCAGUGUCCAGACAUGCUCUUCUUCCUCUGCAAUAUGCUGGCUGGACCUCUGAGGGCUCUGAGCUGGACCACAUCAGGAUUAGAACAUGUGCACACAGCUCUGCCAGAAGCAGAGUUUAUUGCUCAGAUACACUCCCAUCUGUGUGACAUGGCAGAGAGGAAGAAAGAGCACUAUGAGAGCUGCUCAGAGGAGGCUGCGUACACUGCAGUUAGAACACUAAUAGACCUGGGGGUGCUGGUGGAGGAGCGCAACGCAGAAGGAGGCGGUGGCGUGUGCCUGAGAGUCAGCCCUUUGUUCCAUGUGUCUGAAAACAGGCAGAAGCUGCAGCGCUUCAUCCUGCAGUACCUCUACAGUUAAAGUGUUGAACGCAGCCGCAGGACCAGAGGCCUCCACGCCGCUUUGGUUCGGUUACAGUUUGACCUUGUGUCUGUUGGUGUCAGAGAAACCUGAUUUCACACCGUCAGAAAAAAAGCUGCACGCUGAGUCAGGAAGACGGUGCCUUUAGGUUAAUUGCAUUUUGAUUUUUCAGUGAUGAGACAUUGAUUUUAAGUUUAUCUGUCAUAAUAGCAUUAGCAUAAAGCCACAGGAGACGGGAUUAUGAAGUCCCUGUAAUCAGUAGUGAGCUCUCACUGUAGGACGACGCCCGUCAGUUCGAUGUUUUUCAGCACAUUCUAAUGAAGCUUGUUGGUGUUUUGUUUAGAAUGGAAAAAUGUUCAUCUGUUGUGUAGUUUUUUCACCAGUUCAU